AUGGAGCAAGAGACUACUGCCACGCAGACACAGCCCGAAGUCCAGAAGAACAAUGAUGUCGAGUCUGCAGAGACUGCGCUGCCCGCCGAUGGCAACUUGGCCACUGAAAAGCCCAAAGCUACUUCACGAAAGAAGCACGCGCACUGCAAAAAGAGCCCGCCUAAGAAGUCUCGCAAGCAAGAUUCUAGUGAUUCCUCCUCGUCAACAUCAUCCUCCGACUCAGACUCCGACCUGUCAUCCUCAGCGGCGGACAGCGACUCCUCUGACGAUGCAGAGGCCAUCAAAAAGAGGAAGAACAAGAAGGCACGGUCCAGAAAGCUGAAGAAGGAACCCAAGAAGCUGAAACGACGGCAGCUACGCGAAGAAGAAGAGGAAGCAGAUGAUGAUUCGGACCAAGCUGAUUCGGAGGACGAAGAUCCUCGAAUGCAGCUCGAGUUACUCCGUCAACAGCAAGACAAGGCCCGGAUGUUGAACAUCCUCAAGUCUAUGCGACAGCAACAGCAGCAACAUGAGGAUCCAGACGAGCUUGCAGACAUUUAUGCCCAGCUUAGGAAUCUCGGCAAUGCUUCGCGUGGACGUAAUCGAAAACAGUCCCUCGAUGCUCUCAAACUCAGCGGCUUGACCCGCCGUGACCUUGAUCUGGAGGGUGCCCGUAAGCUGAAGGAAAAGCAGAAGAGGAAGUCCAAACCAGCCAAGAAGAAACGUGCAUCCAAGGUCGCCUUCAAGCGAGUCGACCAGCUAUGGGACCAGUCUAUUCACAACUACAAAUUGACCGAGACGGUGGAAGACGAAGACACCGAUGAAUGGGAUCAGUACAUCUUCACCGUUCGGCGAAAGUUCGAUUGGGAGCACAAGUACCAGGAGACACUCGUCGACAUCAAGUCAAAACCACUCAAGGAAGCUCUGCAGCACGUCAUGGCUGGUGUGAAAGGUGUUAGCCUGGUCGCCGACACUCCUCAUGUCGAUCCUAAUCAACUCUUUCUCUAUCUGGAGGAGACUCGCACAUACAUGGGCAAACUUUCCGAGCAGAGCAAGGCGGCCAAAAAGAAGAAGGUCCGCAGGGAGCUCGCUACCAAGGCUCAGCACUUGAAGAUCCUGAUAAAAUACCUCGACAAAGAUUAUACCGAAACCAAGAAGACACUCCUGCCAAUGCUGAACAACAAGACCAUCUCCUUCGACUUGCUGUGGGCUCUUUUCAAGCCAAAUACCAUCGCCUACACCAACACAUACGGAGACAAUGAGCAGCCACGCGCCUUCAAGAUUGAGUACGUGAGCAAGGAUUCGCAUUUCAUGAAAGGUACUUGGUACACAAUUGAAGGCAGGUAUCUCGAGUACGACGGUAAAUCCUUUGGCAUGGGUAGUAUGUCUGUCCAAGUGCCCAGCUUUCAGGGCGUUCGCCGCAUACCUACCCUCGAUUGCUAUCCAUUGCAGUACCAUAGGGAUCCUGAGGCGCUCAGGACUCAAUUGAUCGAGCGUGGUAAGAAGUUUGUCGCCCUUGAAGGUGUUCACUACAAGUACCAUAAGGGCAUGGCUUAUACCAAGCGCAAGCGACAAAUCCUCAAAAUCAAUAUCAACGGUCGGAUCAUGUGCGACCCUGCUAUUCACCUCCGUAUUAAUCCCAACUACCAGAUCAGCACCGUCCGGCCGAAGGAAGAGGAUGAAGAGAUCUUCGAGAUCAGCGAUGAUGAGGACGAUAGCGCCUGUGGAUGCUGCAGCAGUAGCGACGAAGCUGGCGGCGACGGGAUUACCCCUUCUUCAUCCGAAGAAGCCAGCCACCAAGAGCGCCGCAAGUACAAAGUCGUUCGCACUCCGGACGGUCAGAUAAGGACUGUUGAGGUCGAGCCGAACGACGAAGCCCAGGCUAUAUCACAGGGUGAUCGUAUCGAGGAGUCGGUCUCGCGUGCUUUUACGGAGGAAGAACUACUGAUCGCCUCUCCCGUCGUGCUGGGCUUUGCGUUCUCUGAAAAACUCUGGUUGGAAUUCACUGUGUCUGGAAUUUCCGAAGUUGUCUUCAACGUGGAUGCUUUCGACAGCCUCGUACUACCAGAGGGGCAGAAGUCGAUCGUCAAAGCUCUCGUCUCUAGCCAUGCCUUCCAUCCUACCAAAUCAAUUGAUGAUAUCAUCAGUGGCAAGGGUCGUGGUCUGUGCUGCGUUCUCCAUGGCCCACCUGGAACUGGCAAAACACUUACUGCUGAGGGCAUUGCUGACUUACUCAAAUGUCCGCUGUACAUGGUUUCCGCUGGCGACUUGGGCACCGACCCUCGUAAUCUGGAGAAAGAGCUGCAAAACAUCCUCGACAUCGCCCAUUCAUGGGGUGCCAUUCUCCUGCUUGACGAAGCGGAUGUCUUCCUGGAGAAGCGCUCGAUCCACGACAUCCAUCGCAACGCAUUGGUGUCGAUCUUCCUUCGCCUGCUUGAAUACUUCCAAGGCAUCCUUUUCCUAACCACCAACCGUGUCGAGACGUUUGACGAAGCAUUUGUGUCCCGCAUUCACUUGAGCUUACGCUACGAAGAGUUGUCGACCAAGGCUCGUCACCGCGUUUGGAAGUUAUUCAUCGAGAAGGUCAUGAAGAGCGAGGGCUUGGAAGUGGCCAAGAUCACGGAUCAGGAUUACAUGGAUCUUGCACGAAGAGAUGUCAACGGGCGGCAGAUCAAAAAUCUGGUGAGGGCUGCGCAGGCACUGGCGGUACAUGAAGGCAAGCCGCUUGACAUGAAGCACAUCAAGAGGGUCAUUGAUGUUGCAGAGAGCUUUGUGCGGGACCUGAAGGGUGGAAGUGGGUACACGGACGCUAUGAGAAGUGAGUGUUGA